GAGUCCCCGCCCGGCUGACCCAAAAGCGGCUCCUUCGACGUUGGCCAAGGCAGUUGGUGGCGAGAUGGAGAAGAACCCUUACACGAUGGCCAAGCUGGGCUUGGAGUUGAAGCAGAACCCUAAUAAGAGGGACUGCGGCUUCUACAUGAAAUAUUUCUUCCUCUUCCUCUCGCUCAUCCAGUUCCUCAUCAUCCUGGGGCUGGUGCUUUUCAUGGUGUACGGAAACUCGGAGGAGAGUGCCAAGAAACACCAGAAAGUCUUGCAGGAGAGGCUUUUGCAAUGCAACAAUAAGAACCAGGAGCACAGCCGCGAAAUCGACGACUUCAAGAAGCGGCUCAACGCCAGCCAUGUGGAGGCCAACCUGAACAAGAACAAGGCCAGCAGCUGCAACAAGACAUUGGUGGCCUGCAACAACGAGAAGUUAAAAUGUCAUGAGCAGCGAAGGCAGGACACACUUGCCCAACAGAUGAGCCGGGAAUGUGCUUACAACUUGUACCUUCUGAAUAUGACGACUCAAGUUCGGAUCGACUCUCUGCAGGAAAAACUGGCCGCUCUGCAGCUGAGAAGCCAACUGGAGCAAGGUGCCUUGUCCGGCGUCCAGAAAAACCUGCAGGACCAACUGGACCGGACUGAGAAGGAGAAGCAAGCUUGCGAGAUCGACCGGCUGGGAGAGCAGUCGCGGAUGCAGACCUACGAAAACUUGGCUUCUCAAGUCCUGUCCAAACUGAAUCCCGUCCCGGAGAACCUGAGAUCGUCCUUUGAGCAGGUCAUGUCCAAGUUCACCACCUGCUACCAGGUCGCCAGUGCCCGUCAGGACUUCCGCAUACUGACUGACACCCUGCGGGACCAGUUCGAGGUGCUGGCCAGGCAGGUGGACCAGAAAGUGAGCAACGCAGCCGAGGAGACCGGGAGGCUGCAAAGAGAGAAGGCCACUUGCACCCAGAGCUUGCAGGAGAAGGAGCGCCAAGCGGGCGCCCAAAAAUUACAGUGCGAGAGGGAGAAGCAGAUCCUCCGAGACGCCCAGGAUGCGGAGACCAAGAAGAUGUAUGUGGAGAGACAGCAGUUGGUUGGGGAGAAGGAGACCCUUCAGCUGCAGUUACAGCAGAGCAAGACAGCAUGCCUGAAUCUCAGGGGGACUUCUUCGUUCCCCAGCAACCCGUUUGUGAGACCGGCGAGCCCCGUUUCGUCCGGCGGCGCCAACACGAUGGGGGGCACUUGGAACACAGGGAGAGUCGUGAAUACUGCUGGUUCGGUUUCCAGCCCACAAAUCUUCCCUGGAAGAUCAGGUGCAGUCGUGCAGCCGAAUCCUGCCUCCCCGGGAAUACAAAUCAGUGCCGACCGAUUGAGAACUCCGGAGAACAAAAAACCCCUUUUGGAGAACGGGAAGCUGCUGAACCAGCCUCCAGCCGCCCCCGCGGGACAACCCCCCAGCGGUUAAAGGAAACGGCACCGGAGGCCUCCAGGAGCAGCACCUGGGAAUUAAGACUCGAUUGUUGGAACGGGGAGAGUGUGGAGUUUGGAAAUUUCCUCACCUGGAGAUGCAUUUCGGACGGGACAGGGAAUCAAAGCGGAAAUGGACAUCAGCACUGAAUGGGGAAAACUGCCCUCUUGCCUGGUAUCUUCCCCCAAACCCUCGCUGCUUCCUGGUGACACAACUGAUGCCCAAUUUAAUAUGUCUUAUCCUAAAUGCAGCCAGUCUGUUUGGUUUGUUGUGUUUCGCAAGCAGCCAU